AAAAAUACUGACAGUCAGAUCAGCCGGCAGCUCUCUGGCGUCGCAGCUUCCACCUCGUCGGACCAAGAGGGGGUUCCUUGCCCUGGGGGCGGGGGGAGGCGGGGAGAAGCAAGAGGACGCGACCAGGCGAGAUCCCCCAAGACCCGGGCGCUCUGGGCUUCGGAAGCUGCGCUCGGCGUCCCGGGGGCUCCUUCUCGCGGCCGGCGGGCGGCGGCAGCGGCUGCGAUUCGAACGCGAAUGCUCCAGAUCCGUUGCCCCGAGAUCCGCUGCCCGAGACUUACCUCCUGGCACCUCGAAGCGCGAGGGUCAGGGGAGCUUUGCAAGCAGCAGGAGGGAGUGGACGCAAGGAGGUGGCGGUGAGAGGGAGAGAAGGGAAAGGAAGGAGCGGAGCCGGGGAGCCUGGCUGGCAGCCGCCGCGGGAGGACUCUGAGCGCGCAGCCGGCGCGGGGGGAGCAGCGGCCGCGCGGAGGCGGCGGCGGCGGCGGCAACAGCCCGAGCCCGCGGGCGGCGGCGCGGGCGCCUGCAGCUGGGUAGCUGCGCGCGGUGCGGCGCGGCGGUGGCGGGCAGCGCUCGACUAUGCCGGUCCCGGGGCUGGAUUGAAACCACUUGGCUCCACCGCUGGACUCAAGCUGGGAGGGGGCGCCAGCGCACCCAGGACGCUGUGCCCAAAGAGACCCCACGCUAAACUGCAAACUAAAGCCCCCCCGCCCCCCCCACCUCCCCGGGUCAAACACAGUCCCGCACCCGGUCGCAGCUGCCACCCCGGGUGUUCCAAAGGCUCCGGCAAAGAUCUGCGCCUCCCGGGUCUCCCCACCCGCCAACCUGAUUGCACCGAAUCGCUACCGCUGGCCCCCGUCAGACUUCGCCUGGCAGUCGGCUUCAUCGAACUUGAUUUCUCACCUCCUGAGCCCCAUCACCUCCAUCCUCAUUCCCCCGUCUCGCCUCCACCCCCCCCAAUUUCCUCCUCCUCGCCCCUCAUUUCCACCCUCCUCCCCCUCCCCCGGCCACUUCGCUAACUUGUGGCUGUUGUGAUGCGUAUUCCCGUAGAUCCGAGCACCAGCCGGCGCUUCAGCCCCCCCUCCAGCAGCCUGCAGCCCGGCAAGAUGAGCGACGUGAGCCCGGUGGUGGCUGCGCAGCAGCAGCAGCAGCAGCAACAGCAGCAGCAGCAGCAGCAGCAGCAACAGCAGCAGCAGCAGGAGGCGGCGGCGGCGGCGGCGGCGGCAGCGGCGGCGGCGGCGGCGGCAGCGGUGCCCCGGUUGCGGCCGCCGCACGACAACCGCACCAUGGUGGAGAUCAUAGCUGACCUCCCGGCCGAGCUCGUCCGCACCGACAGCCCCAACUUCCUGUGCUCCGUGCUGCCCUCGCACUGGCGCUGCAACAAGACCCUGCCCGUGGCCUUCAAGGUGGUAGCCCUUGGAGAGGUACCAGAUGGGACUGUGGUUACUGUCAUGGCGGGUAACGAUGAAAAUUAUUCUGCUGAGCUCCGAAAUGCCUCUGCUGUUAUGAAAAACCAAGUAGCAAGGUUCAACGAUCUGAGAUUUGUGGGCCGGAGUGGACGAGGCAAGAGUUUCACCUUGACCAUAACUGUCUUCACCAAUCCUCCCCAAGUAGCCACCUAUCACAGAGCUAUUAAAGUUACAGUGGAUGGACCCCGGGAACCCAGAAGGCACAGACAGAAGCUUGAUGACUCUAAACCUAGUUUGUUCUCUGACCGCCUCAGUGAUUUAGGGCGCAUUCCUCAUCCCAGUAUGAGAGUAGGUGUCCCGCCUCAGAACCCACGGCCCUCCCUGAACUCUGCACCAAGUCCUUUUAAUCCACAAGGACAGAGUCAGAUUACAGACCCCAGGCAGGCACAGUCUUCCCCACCGUGGUCCUAUGACCAGUCUUACCCCUCCUACCUGAGCCAGAUGACUUCCCCGUCCAUUCACUCCACCACCCCGCUGUCUUCCACACGGGGCACCGGGCUCCCUGCCAUCACCGACGUGCCCAGGCGUAUUUCAGGUGCUUCAGAACUGGGCCCUUUUUCAGACCCCAGGCAGUUCCCAAGCAUUUCAUCCCUCACUGAGAGCCGCUUCUCCAACCCACGAAUGCACUAUCCAGCCACCUUUACUUACACCCCGCCAGUCACCUCAGGCAUGUCCCUCGGUAUGUCCGCCACCACCCACUACCACACCUACCUGCCACCACCCUACCCCGGCUCUUCCCAAAGCCAGAGCGGACCCUUCCAGGCCAGCAGCACUCCAUAUCUCUACUAUGGCACUUCGUCAGGAUCCUAUCAGUUCCCCAUGGUGCCGGGGGGAGACCGCUCUCCCUCCAGAAUGCUCCCGCCAUGCACCACCACCUCGAAUGGCAGCACGCUAUUAAACCCCAAUUUGCCUAACCAGAAUGAUGGUGUUGACGCUGAUGGAAGCCACAGCAGUUCCCCAACUGUCUUGAAUUCUAGUGGCAGAAUGGAUGAAUCCGUUUGGCGACCGUAUUGAAAUUCCUCAGCCGUGGCCCAGGGGUAUCUGGGAGCCACAUCCCAAAUGUCUCAAUAUAUACAUAUAUAUAGAGAGAGUGCGUAUAUAUGUAUAUCGAUCAGCUAUCUACAAAGUGCCUAUUUCUUAGAAGAUUUUUCACUCACUCGGUCAUGCUCUUGCAACCGUAAGAGGGUAGCUGUUGAGAAGCAAAAGGCCCGAGAGAGACAAUCAUAAUCAGGUUUCAGGUUGUUUUUGAUCUAUUUUUUCUUUAAAUAGAAACACACCACACACACACACACACACACACACACACACACACUUACACUUUUACAAACAAAAGCAAAAAGGUGUUUUUGUCACUGUUGUUUGGUCUGUUAUCAAUAACCUGUUCAUAUGCCGAUUCAGAGAGGUGGACUCCAGGUUCAGGAGGAAGAAGAGCAAAGCGCUUCCUCUCUGCUCAAACCACACGUCCUCACGGGUGCAGCCGCGUGAGGCCCGUGCACCUGCAGACCUGCUGGCAGAGCCAGUUGCGGUGCACGCAAAGGGAAGGAGGCAGCGUGGACGCUUCCGUGGCAGUGUAACUGUUCCCAACCUGGCCUUCAGACUGGCUGCAAGGACCCCUUUGAACUGGUCGGUUCAGCUUUUUUUUUUUCUUUCUUUUCUUUUUUCCUACUUUAAGAAAGUGACUUCAAAAAUACUGAUCAGGAAAGGUUAUUUUGUUUUACUUUUUUGUACUUUUUCCUCCCCUUUUCCCAUUUAACCAAAAAGAAAUACCAUCCUGAAACCCCUCUCCUCCUUUUAUGCAAAACUGAAAAUGGCGAUACCUUAUUUUAGCCAUAAUGAUAUAGAUAGUGUUUGUGUUGGCUGUGUGUUAUUGUGUUUUUUUUUAAAUUAUGAAUAUGUGUAAAAUCUGAGGUAACUUGCUAAGUGAAUGGUCAUAUAACUUUAAAGAUAUAUUUAUAAUUAUUUAAUGACAUUUGGACCCUUGAAACAUUUCUUAGUGUGUUGACUUCGGUCUCUAAAAGUGCUCUUUAUUAAAUAACAAAUUUCUUCGGGGCUAGAGCCAUACCUGAAAUAUUGCUAAGCAAUUUCAGUUCAUCCGGGCACAAUGUGAUUUUUAAAAAUACUUCCAUCUCCAAAUAUUUUAGAUGUAGCUUGUUUUUGUGAUGUAUGAAGGAAAUGUUCUGUUUAGUUCUUUCAGAUCUUUGAUUGCCUCUAACACAGCUUUGCCUUUUAAAGCAAUAAUUAGGGAUUUUAAAUGACAACUCUUAGCCCUUUAUCACUUAGGUUGCCCUUUAUCAGCAUGAAAUGCUGGAGUGAUGUGGUUUUCCUCAUUUAUUUCAAAUAGCGAUGACUCUUGUCAUAUUAAAAAAAAAAAAAAAGACAAGCACAAGAGAGUCCUUGAACUGCAGAAAACGUUCUGUGGUUUCCUAGCAGAACUCUAAAUCGCCAGGCUGCACAGUGAAGACACAGUGAGCCUACAGCCACACCUGUGGCUAAGGGAGCAGUAAUGAUACACACAGCACAGGAACGCAGAACUGCACCAGCGCUUCCCAGCGCACCCGCCUUACCAAGCAGUAGGUCCGGGGAGCCCCUGGCACCUCUCCACAGAAUUUGCAUUUAAAGGAGCAGAACUAAGCCAUUGCCUUAUGGGAGCAGGGCCCUCUGAAGCAGCAGGCCGGUUCCAGCACAGGGCCGAUCAGAGAACAUACCAGCCUUCAGGGCCCCACAUACAAUCUCCGACAUUCCGAUUUCUCACAGUGGAGGGUAAAGGGAAGGCAAAACUAUGUGGCGUCUGGUGUCUACUACUGUCUAUGAACUUGAGCAAAAGCCCUCCUGUAGGAUGCACUUUGACCUCUCCUGGCGGCCACAUGGCGAAUUCUCAAGUGUGAAUCCUUAAUAAUCCAAGCCAGGACCAUGUCAUGACACCACCAGGCCCAUCCCCGCCCUCCUCCCCGACAGGGCAGGGCCCCUUCGUUUGAAUUCUGUGCCCCUGUUGGCAGAACUGGGUAGAGGUUUGCCUCCAGCCCCCAGGGGCCCCUUGCUCUCUCUAGUGACUCUCAAGCCCACCUUUCUAAGCCGCCCAGUGUUGCAGGACAGCUGGCCAGGCUGUGGGACCUGUGCCUCGCGCCUGGGAGUCCCCCUUGGAAUUCAUCCCGAUUCCUUCUAAUAAGAAUUGAAGGGAAACCAAACCAAAACAAAACACGUUGCCUUCUAAAGGUUGUAUACCAAGUAUGCUUAGAUCAAGAAGCCACUUUUCUAUUACUUAAGGAAGAUGGAAGUAGUAACUGAUACUAUUUAUUGUUUGUGUGUGGUAGCUUGAAGCACGCCACUGUCCAUUUAUUUGUAAGUGUAAAAUGUGUAUGUUUGUUUCAGCAGCACUUAAAGAAGCCAGUGUCUGGUUACACAUUUCAACUUUAAUUAAUUGACAUAAAAAUGUUACCGCCAGUGCCAGCUGUACCCUAUUUAAUAAGAAAAAAAGGUACUAUAUUUGUACGUUAGUUUCUAAUGUAAAAAGGGCUUUUUUAAGUUUACAGUACACAUACCAAGUGACCUUAGGGAUGCUUUUGUGUUGAAAUGCUGUUAUAGUGGCUGCAGGCAGCAACCCAGGAACACUUCAACUUUUUUUUUUCUUCCAUGGGAAACAUUCAAGCACGUCAUCCUUCCACCCUCACUCCAACCACGCCAAUGGGGUAAUUCACAUUUUUAGAUCAAAUUCUGCCCUUUUUUUUGGCCUGGGGGUUAAAUUUUUAUUUUACCUUUUUUUUUUUUUUUUUUUUUAAUGAACCCUUCAUUUGCACUGGGUCACAAGUAUGAUUUGUGAUUCAAAACCAAAGCACAGCCUUACUGCUGCUCUGGCACCACGCACGAGCCAACACUCUGUUUCCUUCAGGUUGAAAGAGCACACAGGUUGCUGGCGUUCACAGCGUGGCCCACAGCCGCUCCUCGGUCCCAGGGUUUCCCCCAGUGUAACCUGUCAGAGCUCCAGAGCAGGCACCACAGCUUUGGCUUUAGAUUGUGAAAUCACAUCCAGCCUGGAACUGGGAGACGCGACAGAUUAGCUAUUGUUUGCUCUUCAGACUGUCUUACCCCCGCCAGAGCCUUUCAAAAAUGAGCAGAGAAAUCCCACGAUCAGGGACCAUCCAUUGCAAAUUCAGAGGGGAGAAGGGUUUUGCUUGCUGGCUUGGAGAGCUCCCUCCAUUCCCAGGAAAGGGACUGACUCAGAGUCCAGGGUAAUACAUGGAAACACAAAGCUUUAGCAAAAAUAUCGAUGAUAUCCGAAAGAAUGAGGACAAAUAAAAUAAAGGUCGGCUCUUCCAAACCUUGAUUUGUUAUUCUUAAAAAAAAGAUAAUGCCUUUAAAAAAUAUUUUCUAUGUGAGGAUUUUUUAGAUGUUUGUUUACUUCAUGUUUACAAAUAACUGUUUGCUUAUUACUGCAGUACUUUGAACUAUAUCAGCAAAAACCAUAACUUACAGUAAUUUCUUAGGUAUUCUGAAUAAAAUUCCAUUUUUUUUUGGAUAUGCUUUACCAUUCUUAGAUUUCUGUGGAACAAAAAUAUGUGUAGCAUUUUGUGUAAAUACGAGCUUUUCAUUUUUAUUUUUUUCCAAUCGCUAUUGCCCAAGAUUUGCUUCCCAUGCACAUAUUGUACAAAUUCUGCUUUGUGCCACAGGUCACGAUUGUGGACGAGUUUACUCUGAACUUCAAAGGGACUAUUUGUAUUGUAUGUUGCAACUGUAAAUUGAAUUAUUUGGCAUUUUUCUCAUGAUUGUAAUAUUAAUUUGAAGUUUGAAUUUAAUUUUCAAUAAAAUGGCUUUUUUUGGUUUUGUUA